AUGAAGAAAAUUAUUUAAGAGAACUUAUCUCCUGAAGAGGCUAAAACUCUCUGGAAAUAUCUUGAUGAAGCUUGUUAUCUGAUUGCUGAAAAUCAAAGUAUAAAAUACUAGAUUGAGAUUUCUAGCUAAACAACUCUCCUUCCAAGAAUUGUAUCAGCAUGCUUACAAGUUGAUUCUUAAUAAGUUCGGCGAUUUCGCCUAUUCUUAGUUGCAAGUCUCCAUUCAUAACAUCGUGGAUAAACUCAUCUAUCCUCUAAAUAUUAGCAAUGAUGAUUAAUUAUUGAAUGAUUUUGUAAAGGCCUUUGAAGAAGUCCAACAUUUUAGUAAAUUAUUGGCAGGCAUUCUACUUUACAUGGUAUAUAUCCUUUUAUCCAUCAAUAGGAAAAAUCCUAUAUUCUCUAGAAAUCUCUCAAGACUAUAAAAACUAUUUGCAAUGAAAGUUUUAAAAUUAAGUGUUUUGAGAAGGACCAAAAUCUAGCUACUAAAUUACUCAAUUGUUUCCUAAGUCAAAUACGCAACGAUAGAAAUUCUCAAGUCAUUGAACAUUUUAAAUUGAAAAAUGCAUUAUAAAUACUAGUACCCAUUUUCAUUCACUCUAGAUCGACCUCAAUCAAGAACAACAGAUCAAAAUCAAAGACUACGCUUACACUAUUGACUACAGAAUCAAUGACGACUUCUAUAAAUACUUUCUAGAACGAAAACUAAUUUAAGAUUCUAACCGCUAUUUUAAAGAAGAAAGUUAGUCAAAUCUUAGUAAAAUGGCUAUUGAAGAAUACAUACUUUUUGUAGAGAAAAGAUAUUUAAAUGAGGUAGAGAGAGUUGAAAGUUAUAUACCUAAAAUAACACAUCAAAAGGUUUUGGAUUGCUUUAUCAAAAAUUAUAUCACUUAAAAUGCACAACACAUCUCUUAAGGUCUCUAUGAUUUUAUUGAAAAUGAAAAAACUGCCAUAAUCAUUAAGAUAUUUCAAUUAUUUGUCAAAAGUGAGGAGUUCGAUUUAUUUGUAAAAAAAUUAUCUUAGAUUAUCAUUGAUGAUUUACAACUAUUGAAUUAGAAUGAAAACACUCUACAAGGAUUCAUUAAAUUGUAUGAGAAGAUAUUCUCCCUAUAUGAUAAAAUUGCUCAAUAUGGAAACAAUGAGCAUCAAUACAAAUUUCAUAAAGCCAUAAAAAGUAUUUCCUUUAUUAAUUAAAUUAGAUGCUUUUGAGUAAGUCAUUAAUAAAGACAACUUUAUAAUGAUGGAAUUGAAUAAAUACUUUGAUUUCUUAAUGAAAAAGGAGACAUUGCGAGAUGAAGAGAAAAAGUUACAAAUUGAUAAGGGAUUUCUCAUUUUCAAGUUAGUGCAAUCGAAAGAUGAAUUCGAAUAAAUCUAUAGGAAACAUCUAUGUGUUAGAUUAUUAGAUUAAACAUAUAGUUCUUUGGAAGUCGAAAAAGAUUUAAUUAAGAAACUGAGAUUAGAAUGCGGCUCAGUUCUGACUCACAAAAUGGAAACCAUGUUUAGUGAUUUGGAAAGAAGUAGUGAGGAUAGUUAAAAGUUUAGACAGAAAUUGUCAUAAAUUUAAAGAGAUUCCAUUGAUUUAGACAUUUUAGUUCUUACAUCCGAAUAAUGGCCAAUUACUGACUCUUAGCCAAUUAUAAUUCACACAGAAUUAUAGUUAUGGCAAUAAUAAUUCACUUAAUAUUAUUAAAGCAAGAAUUCAAAGAGAAAAUUACAAUUUAAUUAUGGACUAGGUUCAGUGUCUCUUAAAGCUACUUUUGAUUAAAAUAGUAAGAAAGAUUUUGUAUGUUCUGUUUUACAAGCAACCAUUUUGAUGCACUUCAAUAAAUAACGUGUAUAUAAGAUAGAUGAAUUGAUCAAAUUAACAAACUCCGACUAAGAAAUAAUGUAAUAAGAAUUGGAAAAUCUUCUAUAGUUUAAAUUAUUAAUUUAAAACGAAGAAGAGAAUACAUUACAAUUAAAUUAGAAAUUCCAACAUCGUAGUUAUAAAAUUAAAGUUCAACCAAAAAAGCAAUAAUCUUGGGCUUUAUGUUCAAAAUCAAAAAAUAAAUAGUAGGAAUUCUAAUUAGAUUCCAAAGAAAUUGUAUUAGAUAGAAGAGUGUAUUUGGAAUCAUUGAUUGUAAGAGUUCUCAAGACCAAAAAAUAAUUGGAUCACAAAGAUUUAUUUAAAUAUAUUGAUAAAGAUGCUAAGACCAGACAUUUUCCAGUUGAAAUUCCUUUUUUCAAGGAAUGCAUAGAAAAUUUGAUUCAAAAAGAAUAUUUAGUUAGACAAGAAGGUUAAUUAGAUACUUAUAUCUAUAAAGCAUGAUGAAUAUUAUAAGAAAAUUUCUUUAAAAUUU